CGACAAGUUCUAGCCAGGAUGAUUUCUGCGCUGUUUACAGGCUUCGCACUAUGUGUCGUCGCGGGCGCGACUGAGUUGUUCGAUCGCAACUUGGCCUACUCUUCGCCCUUCGUGGACGCGCCGCACCUGUCCCACAAUACUCGGUCCCUACACGCCCGUGGUAUCGCGUACGCGAAGAGGCAGCUGUCCGACACCGAGAGCUCGGACGGAUUCAAGGAUGAGCAUUACCCCACCUUCUACGGUGGUGACUUCAGUAGCAGCCCGUGGAUCUACAACGGCGGCAUUAACUUCACUCACUCGGUUGCCAGUGGCGAUCCCUUCCACGACUCCGUCCUGCUCUGGACGCGUGCGGUCCCUACUGGCACCGCCCUUCCUUCGGACGUUAGCAUUCCUGUUUGUGUCUCUUUCAAGAUCUUCAACAACGCCCAACUAUCCGGGCGCCCCGUCGACUCGGGCGACGCCUUCACGAGCUACGACGUCGACUUCACCCUCAAGGUCGAAGCGACGAACUUGAAGCCCGACACAAAGUACUGGUUCCAGUUCGCAGACUGCACGAACCCGAAGACUGUCAGCCCGGUCGGUGCAACCAGGACGAUCUCUACCCCGGACACUCCUGCACACCUCGUCAACGGGGGGAAACCGCUCGAAUUAGCUGUCUUCAGCUGCUCUCAAUACCAAGCCGGUUACUUCAAUGCAUACGGAGUAGCUGCUCACAACACUUCUGCCGACAUCUUCGUGCACCUCGGUGACUACCGGGUACGUUGGAUAAUGCAUCCCCUAUGUUACGCCAGGGAACUAACAAUCGACUGUAGUGCAAAGAUUGGGCGCAAAACGCUCGGCAGAGAGCUAGCGACUAUCGCGGACUACCGUCUGCGCUUAAACCAGUACAGGACCGACGUCAGCUUGCGCGAUGCACACGUCAAGGCGCCAUGGAUCUCUGACGACCACGAGGUUGCGGAUCAGUCCUGGAAGGCGGGAACCGCCAACAGCAACGACUCCGCCGUUGGUUGCAGCUUUUCUCCGUCGGGUGCCUGCUUCACGGACAGGAAGCUCGCCGCCGUUCGAGCGUACCAUGAGUGGAUGCCUAUUCGCCAGGUUGACCCGGAUGACAAGCUUCGUAUCUGGCGUAACUUCCAGAUCGGCAAGCUCUUGGACCUGACCAUGCUCGACACUCGUCAAUACGAUCGCGAUAUCACUGACCUGUACUACAACACUGCAGUCAUUGAUUCCAUCGCCGACGAGACGGAUCGCUCGCUCAUGGGCCCCAGCCAGGAGAGCUGGUUCUUCAACACGCUUGCGGCCUCGAAACAGCGUGGCGCCAUCUGGCGCGUUGUGGGUCAGCAAAUCGUCUUCACUCAGUUGAACGAGACCUCUGGGUUUGACGUCGACGCUUGGGAUGGCUACCGCGCCAACCGCGCUCGGGUGCUCAACCACCUGUACGAUAACAAGAUCAGCAACACUCUCAUCCUCUCCGGCGACUCGCACGCGAACUGGGUCAGCGAUCUAGCUCAUCCCAACGACACCGUCACGUACGACCCCAUUACCGGGAAGGGCGCGAUCGGCGUUGAGUUCGCUGGCACGGCCGUGACCUCCGGGUCCGCGUUCGGAACGAACAUCCAGCCCGCCGCGGCGGACGUGAUCUCGCAAAACUACGUGCAGAUCAACGAGGACCUGCAGUGGAGCGAAGGCUCGUACCGCGGCUUCUUCACGCUCACGCUGAACACGACUACCGCGACCGCGACGUACUACGCGAUGCGCAAUAUCAGCAACGCGAACUUGGACGCGUUCGCGAGCGCAACGUUCGUCGUCGAAGCAGGCGCGAACAAGCUUUCCCGCCCUGUCGCGGGAGGCAAGGUCUUUGCGGGCGCGCUCAAGGUUCAGGGAUGAAACGGCGGAUAGGCUGCACAAAGCUGAUGAAUGCGAAGCACGUAACGUACCUACUUGCGUGUCUGAGGCUAGGAGUACAGAGAACGUUAACCUCUAGUACAAUGACGACGAACACGAGCCAUAUCGACCCGAGGCCAACCGUCGUGCGCGGCUUGAAGGCAGCCUCAAUCCUUUAAGCACUUACAAGAUCAUCAUCAUACAUGUACACUCAACCUUACGAUGUCACAAUAACACAAACG